AUGAACAGCCUUGUUAAGCCAAUUACCAGUGAUCCCGAUCUUAUUGAACUCGCUGAGAAGAUGGGGGUUCAGCUCGAUAAUAUAUUCGAGCCAAGUGAGAUCACUCAGCCGCUUCCGAAGAAUGGAUCAUAUCUGAUUUUGCUACGACAACCUAAUAUGGAUGUAGGACACUGGACAGCUUAUGGAGUCGGGCGAUAUAGUACCAACCAAUAUCAAGGUACGUAUGGCGACUAUUGCGGGCCCUUCUGUAUGCUUUGGUUAUAUUCCAAGCAGCACAACAGACCUGAUGUAUUUAAGAACAUGAAAGAUCUGAAUUUGUCAAUUCUCGAUGUUCCAGCCGCCAAGCUGACCAAAGCUCUCAAGACAGGUAAGCUAAGUCUUACUGCAAACCAACUCAAGGGUUCAGGCUCUGUUAUCCAUCUCCACCCAGCUUCGUAUGAGAAAGCACUAAAGGCUCGCAAGGCAGGUCGUGGUGUUAGACUUGACAUCACACGUCACGAGAUCAAGAAAAGAUACAAGAAGCUCCAAGGGGGAUCCAUUUGGAGUAAAAUCAAAUCUGGGUUAUCGACAGCAUUCAAAUUUGUAAAAGACAGCGGAUUGCUUUCAAAGGGAUUAGACGCGGCGGUUCCGGCUCUUGCGUCAGCGUUUGGGGCCCCUCAAGCAGCAAUCCCAGCGAGAGCAGCUAUUAAGUCAUUGACCGCAGUUGGUUUAUACGACUCUGACAGUGAUAUAGAGAAAGAGGGAGGACGUGUAUCUAUAGCGGAUGUUAAGAAGGCGGCAAAAAAUGUUCUCGGGUAUGCUAAACGUAAGGGGGUUCUAACUGAUGCAGUCGAUGCAGGUGAGAAGUUUCUACUAUCAAAAGCAAGCAAACCGGAACAUGAAACUCUAAUCAAGUCAGUGCGAGGUGAGGUAAAGAGACGUUAUGGUGUGGGAGUUUCUAAGAAACCAGCUAAAGGCAGUCCUGAAAUGAAGGCUAAAAUGGCCGCUUUGCGUGCUAAACGGCGAGGGGGAAGUUUUCGGUUAUGA